UGUUAAAACAAGGUUCAAGAAUGGUGGAAGUCAAGGUACAGCAAGGCGUGCUGGCUGGAGAGCAGCUGAAGACAGACCCUGAUGGGACCCUGUACUACAGCUUCAAGGGCAUCCCGUAUGCUGAACCACCCUUAGGAAAGCUGAGAUUUAAGGCGCCCAGACCACCGUUGCCGUGGAAGGGUGUAAGAAAAGCUACAGAACAUGGCCCGCAAUGCCCUCAAAAAAACUUAUUUACCCAAGAAAUUAUAACAAGUACCGAAGAUUGUUUAUAUCUGAAUGUAUACUCUCCUGACAUUAAACCUGCUUCUCCUUUACCUGUUAUGGUUUUUAUCCACGGAGGAGGGUACUUAUGUGGGUCCGGUGACGACGAUCUCUACGGGCCAAAUAUACUUGUCAAUCAUGGUGUUAUACUUGUAACAAUAAACUAUAGAUUAGAAGUUCUGGGUUUCUUAUGUUUAGAUACUGAAGAAGUUCCUGGUAACGCAGGAAUGAAAGACCAAGUGGCUGCUUUACGCUGGGUGAAAGACAAUAUAGCAAGUUUUGGAGGAGAUCCCAACAAUGUCACAAUAUUCGGUGAGAGUGCCGGCGGCGCUGCGGUCGUAUUCCAUACCAUCUCACCAAUGUCGAAAGGUCUCUUUAACAGAGCAAUUUCAAUGAGUGGCGUCCCCUCUUGCGACUGGGGAUUACCAUUCGUUCCACGGAAACGAGCAUUCUUACUAGGCCAACAAUUAGGUCUCAAUACCAAAGAUCCACAAAAAUUGCUAGAUUUCUUACGAAGCGUCCCAGUGGAGAAAUUAUUGGGGACAAAUCCAGCUGUAAUUUCAUUUGAAGAUUAUAAUAAUCAUGGAUUUAAACAAUUUUAUUUCACUCCUGUGAUUGAAAAAGAUUUUGGGAAAGAACAUUUCUUGACUGAAAAACCAUCAGAAGCAGUAAAGAAUGGUAGAGUUAGUGAUGUCGACCUGCUGAUAGGAUACACAAGCGAGGAAUCCUUGUGGGGAAUAAACACUACUGUGGAAUCGUUGCAAAAAACUUACAACCUAUAUUCGGAACAACUUGUGCCUAGAGAAAUUCUGAUUAGUUGUACUCCCGAGACUGUUUUAGAUGUAGCGGAGAUAAUAAAUGAGAAUUACUUUGAAGGAUCACCAAUAAGUAAAGAUAACUUAAGGAAAGUGGUCUCGUUUUCCAAUGAUGCUUAUUUCGUUGCUGAUGUUAACAGAUUCUUAUCGCACUUACCAAAGGUCGGUGAUGGCAAAAGGUACAUGUACAAAUUUUCUUGUGUAUCAGGGCGAAACUUUUUUGGCAAUUCAGGAGAGAAAUACGGAAUUGUAGGAGCUGCCCACUUGGACGAUAUCAUGUAUCUGUUUGAUGGAAAGUUAAUAAAUUUGAAACUUGAGAAAGAUUCUAAGGAAUAUGAGCUGGUCAACUUGGUCUGCAAAGUUUUCACGAACUUUGCUAAAUUCGGUAACCCAACUCCGGACGACUCGCUGGGCGCCGUGUGGCCAGAGUACGACAACAACAGCAAGCGCUACGUGGACAUAGGAGACAGUCUGACGGUGGCCAGCAACCCUGAUGCUGAUGCUGUCCAAUUCUGGAAGACCAUUUAUGAGUACGCUGGGCUUGAAUGGACAGAUAGCAAGCUUAAAAGAGCAAGUCAUUCUUAUUUAACAGAUUACUCAAUGUUCACAGAUACGGUAAUUAUAGAGCAUAUAUUAGGCAAUCGUAACGACCAACUUCAUCAGUGUAUACAUAGGUUUGUGUCUCGUCAGCACUCAUUAGAUCUUGAAUAUAUUAUUAUUUUGCUGUUAAAUAAAUUCUAUGUAACAAUGGUGGUAAUCAAGGUACAGCAGGGCUGGCUGUCUGGUGAGCAGCUGAAGACAUCGCCUGAGGGUACGCCGUACUACAGCUUUAAAGGGAUCCCGUACGCCGCGCCGCCCGUGGGGAAGCUCAGGUUCAAGGCUCCACAACCACCAUUGCCUUGGGAAGGCAUACGAAAAGCUACAGAGCAUGGCCCAAAAUGCCCACAAAGAGAUAUCUUUACUCAAGCAUUGAUAAUUGGUAGCGAAGAUUGCUUAAAUCUAAACGUGUACAGCCCAAACAUUGAACCACCAACUCCAUUGCCAGUGCUACUUUUUAUACACGGAGGUGGUUUUAAAAGUGGAUCUGGUGAAGAUGACCGUUACAGUCCUGAUUUCUUCAUGAGUCAUGGUAUCAUACUCGUGACAAUCAACUAUAGACUUGAUGCGUUAGGUUUCCUAUGUUUGGACACUGAAGAGGUACCUGGAAACGCAGGGCUCAAAGAUCAGGUGGCUGCUUUGCGCUGGGUGAGGGACAAUAUAGCAAGCUUUGGUGGGGAUCCCCACAAUGUCACGGUGUCUGGAGAGAGUGCUGGCGGGGCAUCCACUUGCUAUCACUUGAUCUCACCCAUGUCUGAAGGACUUUUUAAAAGAGCCAUUUCUAUGAGUGGCGUCCCCACUUGUGACUGGGCUAUUCCAUUUGUGCCACAGAAGAAGGCUUUUCAAUUCGGCAAGCUUUUGGGGCUGAAUACCAAAGAUCCUCAAGAACUGUUAGACUUUUUGCAAAAUCUCCCAGUCGAGAAACUUUUAGACGGUGAUCCAGCUGUAAUUUCAUUUGAGGAACAUAAUAAUCAUGGUUUCAAACAUUUUCAUUUCACUCCUGUUGUUGAAAAGGACUUUGGGCAAGAACAUUUUCUCACGAUAGAUCCUAUGCAAGCUUUAAAAAACAAAGAUAUCAAUGAAGCCGAUUUGUUAAUAGGUUAUGCCAAUGACGAAAGUUUAACGUUAUUGGAACAUUUAGAAGAAAAGCUAUCGAAAGCAUCGACCAUAUACCCCGAAAUAGUAGUCCCAAGAAAAAUGUUAAUAACGUGCACUCCCGAAACAAUCUUGGAAGUAGCAGAAAAAGUGAUUGAUCGUUAUUUCCAGGACACUCCGAUAAGUUUAAAAAACACAAGGAAAUUUGUAACUUUGUUGAAUGAUACCUCUUUCAUUAUAGACGUUAACAGAUUCAUUUCACACUUACCAAAGGUCGGCAAAGGUAAGAGGUUUAUGUAUAAGUUCUCUACUGUAUCGGGUAGGAACGUUUAUGGAAGUUUGGGGAUACCAUACGGAAUUGUAGGAGCUGGCCACAUGGACAUAUUGAUGUAUAUAAUGGACGCGAAGAUGUACAAUUUGAGGACGGAGAAGGACAGCAAGGAGUUCAAGCUGAUUACACUGGUGUGUUCUGUAUUUGCCAAUUUCGUUAAGUAUGGUAACCCAACUCCGGACGACUCGCUGGGCGCCGUGUGGCCGGAGUACGACCACAACAGCAAGCGCUACGUGGACAUAGGAGACAGUCUGACGGUGGCCAGCAACCCUGAUGCUGAAGCAAUCAAAUUCUGGAGAGGCAUCUAUGAGCUAGCCGGACUAGAAUAUUAAAAUGAUCGACAAAAAAACUUAAAAUAAAUACAUUUUUUAAUUUCUUGAACCAGAUGUCAUAUGACUUAACAAAAUGAUCAUGGUCUCGGGUUCCAUAAGGUCCAUUAUUAUC